AAAUAUGUUACGAUAUUUCUACGUUGCUUGAACAAAUGCGCCACAAAAGCUUUGCUACUUCUACACUGGGUAGCGAAACCACUAACUUUAAAUUAAUUAUUAGUGCCAGCAGACAAGACUUUUAACUCAAAAAAUACGACAUGACUGCUAGAUUAAUACAUCAUAUUUUGAAUACUUGUCCCGCUGCCAUCCGUUACUACUCGUCUGCUGUCAAAAGAGUUACUCUUAUUCCUGGUGAUGGCAUUGGUCCCGAAAUAACAUCCUCUGUGAUAAAAAUCUUCUCUGCCGCCGAUGUGCCCAUCGAAUGGGAGCCUGUUGAUGUGAAGCCAGUGAUUAAAGACAAUGCCAAAUGCGGAAUACCUCAGGAAGUUAUCGAUUCUAUCAACAAAACCAAGGUGGGCCUCAAAGGCCCGUUAGAGACGCCACUAUGCCACGGACAUGAAUCGAUUAAUUUGGCCAUGCGUAAGCAUUUCCAAUUGUUUGCCAAUGUACGUCCCUGCCGCAGUGUGCCUGGCUAUAAGACAGCCUACGACGACGUUAAUGUGGUCACCAUACGGGAGAAUACGGAGGGCGAAUAUUCCGGCAUCGAGCAUGAGGUAGUGAGUGGCGUUGUGCAGAGCAUAAAACUGAUCACGCAAAAGGCCUCCACCCGCAUUGGAAAGUACGCCUUCGAAUAUGCCAAGAACAACAAUCGCAAAAAGGUGACCGUCGUACACAAGGCUAAUAUAAUGCGGAUGUCGGACGGCUUGUUUCUGCGUUGCGUGCGAGAUGUGUCGAAUGAAUAUCCAGAAAUCCAGUUCAGUGAGUGUCAUCUGGACACGGUUUGUCUCAGAAUGGCGAAUAGCCCCGAUAAUUUCGAUGUCCUAGUCAUGCCGAAUUUAUACGGCGACAUUUUAUCUGAUAUGUGCGCCGGUCUGAUCGGUGGCCUCGGACUGACCCCAUCUGGAAACAUGGGCCUAAACGGUGCUCUGUUUGAAUCGGUGCAUGGAACUGCUCCAAAUUUAGCUGGAAAGGAUUUGGCCAACCCCACUGCUCUGCUGCUGUCAGCAGUCAUGAUGUUGCGCCACUUACAGCUGAAAGAAUAUGCUGAUAAGAUCGAGCGAGCUGUUCUCGAAACCAUUAAGGAGGGUCGAUGGAUAACUGCAGAUUUAGGUGGACGAGCGAAAUGUUCAGAGUUCACAAAUGAAAUUUGUGUUAAGCUUUAAUGGAAUUCUAAAGAAUGCGGUUGUUGGCGCAACAUGGCCUUUUAGCAAUUUCAAUCCAAAUCGCAUGUGAUCCAU